ACCGCCCCCCUGCUCUCCAUGUGGCUCCGCCACUGCGUCGCUCCAAAAAUCAGCAUCUUGCGCAUCCCAAAUGCCAUUUUCCUCUCAGUACCGCGCACGUUCGACCUUCGACAUCUACCUUCCUGAAACAAAAUGACAGUGGUGAUGAAUUGGUGCAAUUUAUUGCAAAAUGCAGAAAUACAUGAAUCAAGACCACAAACAUAAAUAUCAUCAGUUUUC